UGAUUGGGUUACAGGUAUCUGGACAGUCGGACAGGCAGGGUCGGCGGGAGGUCUCAACCUGUCUAGGACACGCAGCAAUGGAUGGAAUAUUCGAGUCUCUGAAUAGCGUCACGAGAAUUAUUGACGUCACAAACCUCGCGGACACCACACACGUCAAUGACGUCACAAGUAUCACUGACGUCACAACACUGGGUGACUUCCCACGAGAGAAUGACGUCACGACAUCCCUCACCAACGCCACAGCUGCAGCCGCUAGUCAGAAACUGAUCUCCGACGAGAAUUUCGUUUUACUGUGUGCCGUCAUCAACAUUUUAGUCACCGUCGUGUCGGUGCUCGGUUGCCUGGGCAACGCGCUGGCCAUCAAAACGUUUCUCGCCAUGGACCUGAAAGACGGCGUCAUCGUGUCCUUCCUGGUGCUGGCGGGAUCCGAUCUCGCCUACCUGGUGACGAUGGUCGCCGACUCGGUCUCGCUGGGUUUCUACCUGGCCGAGAUGACGUCACAGUACCGCACCUGGUUCCCGGUGGAGCCGUACGGCGUGUACAUCUACCUGAUCAACCUGGGCAUCCUGCUGCACCUGCUGACCGUGCUGACUACCACGUUCCUGGCCGUGGCCAGGUGCAUCUGCGUGGCGCUGCCCUACAGCUUCAAGGACCUCUUCAGCAGACGGCGCUCCAUCUGGGUCCACGUGACCUUCUGUCUGCUGACCGUGGGGAGUUACGUCCCCGUCCUGGCCUUCAUGGAUAUGACCCCGGAAGUGGAUGCUCGGGUCAACGCCACCAGGGUCGUGCUGUGGGUCUCCAGCAAGCGUGACGUCAUCAAAGAAAACGUGUGGAUCGUCCGUGACGUUUUCGUCACCUUCAUGACCCAGCUUGUCGUCACGGUCUGCGUGUUCGUCAUGGUCCGGUGCCUGCGGGCAGCCUCGGACCUUCGGCACAAGCUACGUCACUACUCGACCAACCUCAGCGGCUCAGUCAGACAGGGCAGCGGCACCCCCACGGGCUACCCCAGGCGAGGGCAGGGGACCCAGGAACCCACGGGCUACCCCAGGCUAGCCCGCAAGGAGUUGUCUGUCGUGAUGCAGGUGGUGCUGAUAUCCGUGGUGUACAUCGUCUGCAACCUGCCCAAGGUCACCAUCGACAUCACCGCCAUCUUGGUGUCAGAGUUCACGCUUGGCCGCUCCUACCAGAACAUGUACCUGGUGGCCAUCAGCGUGAUGGAGCUGUUCCAGGCCAGUGGCUCCAGCCUCAACAUCCUCGUCUACCUCAGGUACAACUCGCUCUUUAGGAGACAUUGUCACCUGGGCUGGUAG